GCUUGCAGUCGUUCAGAGCUCAGACACUUCUUUCCAGAAGGCAGAGAGCAAUGCUCAGCCUACUGACAGGCAAGCCAGCAGACCGACCGGAAGUCAGGACAUAUUCUCACAGCGCUAGCAGAAAGUAACACCACCAGUUGGUCUUCUGAAGCCCACUUUUGCUCUCCUGGGUGUGAUUGCUCCUGAAUGCACAUUCAACCUCCUCUACUGCUGCUAGUGAAGACCUGCAGAUGCACUCAACCACAGGCUUACUUUUCAACCCUGUCUCAACACUCACACCACAGUUGUACCAGCGGGAAGAGGAUACACAUGUUUUAUUGACAGAGCUACAGGUGGUUUGAGUUUGAGCUGCUGCUGGACUGGAGGGUUUUUUUUUCCUGUGUGGUGAGCUGUGGCGUCUUUGGAGCCAGUAUGUUGCCUAUUGUUGUGGUAUGUUUGGUAUUUGUCCUGCUGGGAUCAGGGAAGGCUCAGGUUGCCACACAGACUCAGGGGCAGAGCCAGAGUCGGGGCCAGGGGCAGGACGGCUCUGCCACCCCUUGGAGGCAGGUGAUUCAGUGGGAGAACAAUGGUCGGCUGUUUAGCCUGCUGAACAGUGGAGCUGAAUAUGUCCCUGCUGGGACAGGAGCUCAGGACAGUGGUCCCAGGGUGGUGGUGGCAGACACUCGCGCACGCUCAUCACGUAGACCUCAGGGAGGCAAUGUCCGCCGACAGGCUCCAUCAAGAGGGUCCUCUGAGACUGUCCGUGGCCAGGCAAGACAUCCUUUUGGCUUUGGGCAAGUUCCUGAUAACUGGAGACAAACUGCAGGCAGCACAGGAGGUAGCCAGUUCCAAGGAUCCUCUAGCACUCGCUUCAGGCCAUCCACAGGCUCUUCUUCUUCCUCAUCAUCAUCAUCGUCAUCUUUUUCUUCAUCUUCGUAUAAUAUACCAUCCUACCCACAGAACCCUUUUCCUCCACAGCCUCCCUUCCAACCACUGCCAUAUGAUCCUAGUUUUGUAGAUGGACCAGUCAGGAGCUACGAGCCACCUUUUCAGCCUAUUCCUGGUGGAGGAUAUGGCGGUGGAGGAUAUGGUGGUGGAGGAUUUGGCGGUGGAGUGUAUGGUGGUGGAGGCUAUGUUCCUGGACAGGGGUACACUGGUGGAGGGUAUGGAGGUGGUCUGGCGCCAGUGCUCCCAGGCUCUCCGUCUGAUUUUACUGACGAAGGUUACCGUUACUAUCAGUCCUUUGGCUACGCGCCCAAUCCUGUGGUGCCUGCACGCGCUGCCCAGCCACCACUUACAGAUGGUCUGGACCAUAGAUACACCCACAGUCUAUUCAAUGGGGAAAAUGCUCCUGCAGUCCCAGCCGCCGAUGCCAACCAGGCAGGUCCUGUGAUAGUGGACAGGUCAGGACCAGCUGGUCAGCCUCAAGUCAGGAGCCCUCAGUAUGAGCAGUUUCCUCCAUUUGGAAGACCACAGCCUCCUUUCCCCCAUCCCAUUCCACAAGGCAGAAAUUCUCCAAAUUCUGGCCUCGAGAACCCCAGCGUAAGUGUCGGGAGUGUGUACCGUCCAGAACAAAGAGGCUUGCCAGAUCUGGUUCCUGAUCCCAACUAUGUCCAGGCUUCCACGUAUAUCCAGAGAGCCCACAUGUAUUCUCUCCGCUGUGCUGCGGAAGAAAAAUGUCUGUCAAGCUCUGCCUAUGGCCCUGAGACCACCGACUAUGAUGUUAGAGUCCUGCUGCGAUUCCCACAGAGGGUGAAGAACAAGGGGACUGCCGACUUCAUGCCCAACAGGCCACGUCAUACCUGGGAGUGGCAUAGCUGUCAUCAGCACUACCACAGUAUGGAUGAGUUCAGCCACUAUGAUUUACUGGAGGUCAGCACUGGCCGUAAAGUGGCAGAGGGACAUAAAGCUAGUUUCUGUUUGGAGGACACCACCUGUGACUUUGGUCAUCUGAAGCGCUAUGCCUGCACCACUCACACUCAGGGUCUGAGCCCAGGCUGCUACGAUACAUACAAUGCUGAUAUUGACUGCCAGUGGAUCGAUAUCACGGAUGUCCAGCCUGGAAACUACAUACUAAAGCUCCAGGUUAAUCCUAAAUUCCUGGUGAUGGAAUCAGACUUCACCAACAAUGUGGUCAGGUGUAAUAUACACUACACAGGGCGGUUUGUAACAACAACCAACUGCAAGAUCGCACAGUCUUGAUCAGGCGCUGGAAGGCUGCCACACUAGAGUGACCCUGAUUGCUAUUCCAUUGAAAUGUGAAUGGAAUCCAUUUGUUGUUGGUUUAUUGUUGAUGUUGUUUGUCUCUACUAUUUUGUGCUGUCUCGGUAUCUCGAGCCCAUGGCAAACAAGGGUUCCACUGGCACUGAAAAGAUUGUCGGGGUUAAAAAUA